UUCUAUCGUCGAGUACGUUCCUGUGCAGUUCGAUCGUAGAAGUCUGUCAUGCCGCCGAAAGCUAGUGGUAAAGCUGUGAAGAAAGCCGGAAAGGCUCAGAAGAACAUCAGCAAGGCUGAUAAAAAGAAGAAGAGGAAGAGGAAGGAGAGCUAUGCGAUCUACAUCUACAAGGUGUUGAAGCAGGUCCAUCCUGACACCGGAAUCUCCAGCAAGGCUAUGAGCAUCAUGAACAGCUUCGUUAAUGAUGUUUUCGAGCGUAUCGCGGCCGAAGCGUCGCGACUGGCUCAUUACAACAAACGCUCCACGAUUACAUCCCGGGAGAUUCAAACUGCUGUGCGACUUCUGUUGCCUGGUGAAUUGGCGAAACACGCAGUCAGUGAGGGAACGAAGGCGGUUACCAAGUACACGAGUUCCAAGUGAAUUCCCAGCGACAGAACGGCCCUUCUCAGGGCCACCAAUAAUAUAACGUUUGAUAACUCUUGUAUCGCAAAACAUUUAGUAUUUUAUACAUCUCGAGCUUAUAAAUUUUGACUAAAUAGGAAUUUGUUUUAAAAAUAACUUCAGGUAAUUGUAGAAAUUACUUUCGUAUUCCUUUACUUCUUGCCUAUAUAUACACGAUCUUUGUAAGACUCUAACCUCUUCUAUCACAUUUUUUCCAGAAGUUUAUGUCCAAAAAAGAUAGUCUUUUUUUGUAGUAUAAUGCAUACAGGUCGUAUAUAUCUUUAAUCCAUUUCUCUUUGUAGUCUACCUCUUUGUCUUCUUCCAUCUGACUUUCCUUACAUAGUUUUUCUGAAUCUCAGUCGGUCACGAUCGGAUAUUCUGAUUAUCUUGUUCUUUCACUUGUAAUACCUAUGCUAUAUUUAGUUCUACAUAGGAAAUAAAUAUAAAUGUAAACAUGGAAA